AUGAGACCUGCAGCGCUUCUCCAUGGUAUUGCCAUGGCUGCCCCGAUUCGGCUGGCUGAAAGUAAGUCGAUCGAGCUUGUCUUUGAGCAAGACCUUGAGACUGGCGGAGUUGCUACUACUGCCUGGGAUGACUCUGGCAGUCGAAUCAUGGCACUAUCCUGCUCCAACACUGUGCAGCUUGGUAAUCAGACAGUCACCUUCCACGCAAAGAAGGACGCGUCCGGAUAUUUCACCAUUGGGGAUGACACGUUUCCUAUCGAAGAGGAUGAUAGUACCGGCGUCUUGUGCUCUCGCAUGUAUGUUCUUGAGUGUUUUGCCGAUACGAAAGACCCUGACAGAUUUCGAUGGCAGCCUAUUGGCGCCGAUAGCCAUGAGCCUAUGAACGGCGACGACAGAGAUGAAAAUGACACUUUGGACCAACGAAGAUCCCUUGGACGCCGCCAGGGCUGUCAAACUGGUAUCGCUCAGAUCCAGUGGCCUGGAGUGUCGCGUAACCCCCGUAAAUGGCGGAGACACCAGCAGCUGACUCCGUCUCUGGACUGCAGAAGCGCGGCAACAUGCACAACCAGCGUUAUAAGCAGCAGGACUAUCACCCACAGCGCCUCAGUCGGAGCGGCCAAGUUUAUCAGCGCUGGUUACAGCGUGGGCAUCAGUCAGACGUCAGGCUUCUCCCUCAGCUGUACGGCCAAUCGCAACCAGAGAGUCUGCGUCAAACAUUGGCCACGAUACCAACAAUACGACGUUCGCAGACAGGCGGUUCUGUGCGGUAGGACACUCACUGAUGAGAGGUACAAUAUCCGGGCACCCCUGAAGGAUCAGCAGAGACAUAGCACGCACUACUGCGCGACGGGAACAAACAACUGUCGUAGCGACGGAUGGCUGCACUGGGAGGAUAUGGGUGCUGGUGUCCAUGGUGGAGCUUAG